AGAGAAACGGCGCGGACAGCGGACCGGCUCCCGGACGCGGCGGUCCCUGGGGGCCCACACUCGCGGCGCCCGGGCGCGCUGUCCAGCGGGCGAGGGAGCGCGGGCCGCGGCUGGACGCGCGCCGGACGGCAGGCCCACGGAGCCGGGCGCGGUGAGCGGGGCGGGGCGGCCACUCUGCGGCCCGGUCUCCCCGAGCCCGCCGAGCUCCGCGCCCAGUGACCCCCUCGUCAGGCUCGGGCGUGCUGCCGCGGCGGAGUCCUGCCUGACUCCCCCGCCGCCGCUCUCCCCUCGCCCGGGCCUAGGGAAGUUGACCGCGGAAGCGAAAGGCACAGCUCCGAGGGAAAAAAAAGUGGUGUAUUUUUGGGCAUUCUGAGCAUUCAGAAGGAAACCAGACAUGUCCUUGGAUGACAUUAAGAUGAAAUCUAGUGACUUCCUGGAGAAGGAGUAUCUAGACAGUGGGGGCUUCGGAAAGGUGUCUUUGUGUUUGCACAGGUCCCAUGGACUCGUCAUACUGAAAAAGGUGUACACAGGGCCCAAGCGCACCGAGUACAACGAGUCCCUCCUUGAGGAGGGCAAGAUGAUGCACAGGCUGAGACAUAACCGGGUGGUGAAGCUCCUGGGCAUCAUCAUAGAAGAAGGAAACUACUCUCUCGUGAUGGAGUACAUGGAGAAGGGCAACCUGAUGCGUGUGCUGAAAGCUGAGAUCAGUAUCCCUCUUUCUGUGAAAGGAAGGAUAAUUAUGGAGACCAUUGAAGGAAUGUGCUACUUACAUGGAGAAGGUGUAAUACACAAGGACCUGAAGCCUGAAAAUAUCCUCGUUGAUGAUGACUUUCACAUUAAGAUAGCUGAUCUUGGCGUUGCUUCCUUUAAGACGUGGAGUAAACUGACUAAAGAGGAACACAAUGAGCGGAGGAAAGUGAACAGGACCUCUAAGAAAAAUGGCGGCACCCUCUGCUACAUGGCCCCUGAGCAUCUGAACGAUGUCAACGCAAAGCCCUCAGAGAAGUCAGAUGUGUACAGCUUUGCCAUAGUACUUUGGGCAAUAUUUGCAAAUAAGGAGCCAUAUGAAAAUGCUAUCUGUGAGCAGCAGUUGAUCAUGUGCAUUAAAUCUGGGAACAGGCCGGAUGUGGAGGACAUCAUUGAGUACUGCCCGAAGGAGAUUAUCAGCCUCAUGAAGCAGUGCUGGGAGGCGAAUCCAGAAGUUCGGCCAACAUUUGUUGGCAUUGAAGAAAACUUUAGGCCUUUUUAUGUAAAUCAAUUAGAAGAAAAUGUGGAAGAUGAUGUGAAGAGUUUAAAGAAAGAGUAUCCAGGCCAGAGUGCAAUUGUGAAGAGAAUGCAGUCUCUCCAAAUUGAUUGUGUAGCAAUACCUCCAAGCAGGUCAAAUUCAGCCACAGAACAGCCCAGUUCGCUGCACAGUUCACAGGGACUCGGGAUGGGUCCUGUGGAGGAGUCCUGGUUUGCUCCUUCCUCAGAGCACCAGCAGGAGGAGAAUGAGCUCAUCCUGCAGAGUAAACUCCAGGAGGAAGCCAACUACCAUCUUUUUGGCAGCCGCAUGGACAAGCAGACAAAACAGCAACCCAGACAGAAUAUGGCUUACAACAGAGAGGAGGAAAGGAGGCGAAGGGUCUCCCAUGACCCUUUUGCACAGCAGAGACCUUAUGAUAAUGUUCAGAACUCAGGGAUUAAAGGCCUUGCCUAUUCUGGUGCAAACAGUUAUGGUAAUGCAGUACACCAACCAGCUGGGCUAACCAGCCAACCCCACGUACCAUACUGGAACAAUGGAUCAUAUAGUCCACAUGGUUUGGGAACAAGACCACUGGAUCUGGGAACAGCAGGUCAAAGAGUUUGGUAUGUGCCAAAUCCAAGCCAUAUGUCAAGCGUGCAUAAAACUCCAGUGCCUGAGACCAACGUACUGGGAAACACACCCACCGUUCCAUUCAUCUCCUUCCCAUCAAGAGAUGAGUCUGCAAAAUGUACCAUAUACAACAGCACUGGCAUUCAGAUUGGAGACAAUAAUUAUAUGGAGAUUGGCGGAAUGAGUUCCCAACUACUGGACAGCACAUACAUGAACUUGAAGGAAGAGCCAGCUUCUAAGUACCAAGAUAUCUUUGAUAAUACCACUAGUCUGACUGAUAAACACCUGGACCCAGUCAGGGAGAAUCUGGGAAAGCACUGGAAAAACUGUGCCCGUAAACUGAACUUCACUGAAUCUCAGAUUGAUGAAAUUGACCAUGACUAUGAGCGAGAUGGACUAAAAGAAAAAGUUUACCAGAUGCUCCAAAAGUGGCUGAUGAGGGAGGGCAAUAAGGGGGCCACAGUGGGAAAGCUGGCCUGCGCGCUCUACCAGUGUUCGAGAAUAGACCUUCUGCACCGUUUGAUACACAUCAGCCAGAACUGACUCUGGGGGGGCUUUGGCAUCAUGAAGUCAUCUCCUCACUUAGUGAGUAACCCCCUGAAAGUGUACUGCCUCAGACCCUUCACAAUUCUUUCCUCACUGAUAUUGGCUCUGUGUCUGCAAAAAAAUUAUUCCCUGCAUUUCAUAGUGGGAGAACAGGAAAAGAAAUCUAUAGCAAACAACCUGCUAAACAGGAAGACCUAUUAAUGGCUGAGGCCCAAUCAAAAAAGAAGCCUAAUUGGGUUUUGAAAGGAUGAGAAGAGAUAUUUAAGGAAGAUCAUUUUCUUUCAGUUCAUUCCAUAACCUUCAAUUAUGCUAUUCAUUCAGUUUCCUGGAAUUUUAUUUGAG